AUGGCGCCGUCGAACCCCCUGGCGAACUGGGAGAAGCUGGGCGAUAGCUUCUACCGAAAAGUACCCGUCUACGAUGCCAUCUUUGACGAUGACGUCCAAUUAGAGAACUACAUUGUUGUUGGCGCCCCGUACGGAGGGGCUAUCGCCCUCCAUCGAGAUGAGAGCAAGGUGUUCCGGUUUCGGGAUGCCCAGACCGCCAAAACAAGCAUUGACAUCUACUCAUGCUCGGGCAAACAUAUUAACCGAAUAAACUGGGAGUACGGCACGAUCCGUGGACUGGGUUGGUCGGGCCGGGAAGAGCUACUAGUCAUCACGGAAGAUGGUACGGUGAGGCGAUAUUUUGGCCUGCAUGGCGAUUUCACAUCGUUUUCUCUCGGAAAUGGUGCCGAAGAGUACGGGGUCCGGGCUUGUCGAUUCUGGACAUCUGGUUUCGUCGCUCUACUCUCGAAUAACCAGCUGGUUGCUGUCUCGAAUUAUGAUGAGCCGAGACCCAAACUUCUUGCGCCAUGCCCCGAAGGAGAGGUAUCAUCGUGGUCUUUGAUUCCUCCAGUUUAUACGCUCUCUCGCUCGGUUGAAGUGUUGCUGGCAGUUGACAAGACUGUCUACUUAAUAGAUCCAACUGAAGCAGAAGACAAAGUUCUCCAAAAUGGACCGUUCAAACAUGCUAGUGUAUCUCCUACGGGAAAGUUUGUGGCUCUCAUCACAGCGGAGGGAAAGGUCUGGGUUGUCAGCAGCGAUUUCCAAAGCAAAUACAGUGAAUAUGACCCUGAAUCCCGAGUCACGCCGCGGACAGUCGAUUGGUGUGGUGAUGAUGCAGUGGUGAUCGCCUGGGAAGAUGAAGUGCAUCUCAUUGGGCCUAGCGGUGUCGCUGCUCGAUACUACUAUGAUGACACCGUUCAUGUUAUACCCGAAUUUGAUGGCGUUCGAUUGAUCACGAAUGAUACCUGCGAGUUCCUACACAAGGUUACAGAUGUGACAGAAGCGAUUUUCCGACUCGGAUCGACUUCUCCGGCGUCAGUCUUAUUAGACUCGGUAGAUUUACUGGAGAAGAAGUCACCCAAAGCGGAUGAAAACAUCCAAAGAAUCCGUCCCAGUCUCCCGGAGGCAGUCGAUGUUUGUGUCAAGGCUGCUGGCCACGAAUUUUACGCCUACUGGCAGAAGCGGCUCUUGAAAGCUGCCUCGUUUGGAAAAUCCGUCCUCGAUCUGUAUAACAGCGACGAAUUUGUCGAGAUGACCGAGAAGUUGCGAGUUCUGAAGGCCGUGAGAGACUACCAAAUAGGUCUCCCAAUCUCUUACGAGCAGUACAUUCGAUUGACUCCCGAGAAGCUGAUCGAACGCUUGGUCAAUCGACAUGAAUACCUCUUAGCUAUCCGGAUUUCCGAAUACCUUCAACUUCCCGCCGACAGGAUUUAUGUUCACUGGGCUAGCCAAAAGGUCAAAAUCUCGACGGUCGAUGACGAAGCGGUCUGUAAGCUCAUUGUACAGCGGCUGGAUGGAAAGCCAGGAAUCUCAUUUGAAUUGAUAGCACAAACCGCCUUUGAUGAGGGCCGGUCUCACCUGGCAACUCAGUUAUUGAACCAUGAGCCGCGCGCCGGAAAACAGGUUCCAUUGUUGCUGAACAUGGAAGAAGAUGAGAUAGCCCUUGACAAGGCCAUCGAAAGUGGAGACAACGACCUUGUUAACUACGUACUCUUACACCUGAAGAGUAAACUUCCUCUCGCCAGCUUCUUUAGGAUGAUCAACACACGGCCCAUGGCAUCAGCACUUGUGGAAACGAGUGCCCGUGAAGAGGAUACAGAGCUGUUGAAGGAUCUUUACUAUCAAGAUGAUCGCCCGAUUGAUGGCUCAAAUGUCCUUCUCUCGGAGGCAUUAAGCCAGACGGCAUUACCGCGCAAGACUGAGAAGAUUCAGCUUGCAUCUCGCCUGCUAACGGACUCAAAAGAUGCGACCGUGGUGCUGCAACAGAAACUACUCUCCGAGGCAUCGCAAUUGUUGAAGGUACAGGAAAACCUGGACAAGGACCUUACUGAUCGAUCGGAAUUCCUCGGCCUUAGUUUGAAUGAGACUAUCUACAGGCUGAUCAGAUCGGGUUACGGCAAGAGGGCACAGAAGCUCCAAAGCGAGUUCAAGAUGCCAGAGAAAACCUAUUGGUGGUUGAGAUUGAGAGCCCUAGUCGCCAAACGAGAUUGGGGUGAGCUAGAGGAGAUCGGAAAAAACAAGAAAUCGCCGGUAGGAUGGGAGCCUUUCUAUAACGAGAUUUUGGGCGCUGGAAACACAAAGCUUGCUUCACUGUUCGUCCCCAAAUGUACCAACCUGCCCGUCGAGGACAAGGUGGAGAUGUGGGUUAAAUGCGGAAUGAUUGUAAAAGCCGGAGAAGAAGCCUUCAAGGCCAAAGAUUUCAAUACCCUUGAGCUACUCCGUGGGAGAGCUUCCGGACCUGCCGCCUCGGAUAUCGAGCGAAUGAUCAACCAGCUUAGGCCAAGGAAAUAG